AUGAAGCGCGCACCGCCCUCCACGACCUCCGAACCAGCACCCAAAAAACCGCGCCCAACACCUCCGUCGGACUUCCCCGCGCCGCCUCCCUCCCUCGACACAUCCUCCUCCACCGAAUGGACACGCGUCGAAAAGCGCAAAGCCAAGAAAAUAUCAAAGUCCUCAACCUCUGCCUCCUUAAAUCCUCCCACGUUCGCCUACUCCGCAUCUGAACUGCGCAAACGCAAGGACGCGGUCACGAUAUCCGAAGUCCGCGAUCUCGCGUUGCAUUGUAUCGCCGACGCGCCCCCGGCAGGAUGGGCGAGGCUGGAGAAUAAAGCGAACGUCAAGGGCGCGGUUGUGCUGCUCGUGCCGGGCUUGACGCACGACGUGCUGGGACUCGCGAAGCCGCCUACGAACCCGACCGCGUGUCCGCAUUUGCCGGUUUCGGUGCCGCUUGAGAUCGCGGCGUCUACUUCUGGAGAUGACGUGAUGGAGGAGGAAGGCGACGAGGAGAGAAAGGAGGAGAAGGCGGCGAGGUUGGGCGGCGUACCGUUCAUAUCGCGCACAUUCAGUCACGCUCUACCUACCCGCGCACCUGGCGACAACACGCGCAUGCACAGCGUGUUGGCCGAGUUCCUGUCCGCACCGGUCACGGGGGAGGAGAAGAAGCGCCGUACCCUGGCUCGAAUCCAAGGCGAACGCGAAAACUCGACAAAAGGCGCGGAGCAGUACGUCUUGAGCGUACAAGACAUGCUCGAGAACGGCUACCCCCUCCCACGCGCGCUGAGCGACGCCCAUCAGCCCGAGGACGAGGCAGACUGGAUAGAAAGCCCCACGGUCUCCGACGGCGAAGAGGCGGAGGUUUACGCGUUGGACUGCGAGAUGUGCGUGACGAGCAGAGGGAAGGAGCUCGCGCGGCUCAGCGUGCUGAGGGUCGACAGGAACAACGGCGAGGCGAAGGUCGUCUACGAUACGCAUGUUUUACCGGGCGCACCCAUCACGGAUUAUUUGACGCGGUUUAGCGGUAUUACACCUCAGUCGCUGGAGAACUGUACGACUACGCUGCGCGACGUGCAGUCCAAACUGCUUGAACUCUUGACGCCAAGACCUGAUACGCGUUCGCCGAUUUUGCUCGGUCACUCUCUCGAGUCCGACCUCUGUGCGCUCAAACUACGACAUGGGCGCUGUAUCGAUACAGCGCUUAUAUACCAUCAUCCGCGCGGACGACCGCUGAAGCCCGGACUGGCUUGGUUGACGAGGAAGUGGUGCGGGAGGGAGAUCCAGGCGAGAGGAGAGGGCGGACACGACCCGGAGGAGGAUGCGAGAGCUUGCGCGGAGCUGUUGAGGCGGAAGAUCGAGAACGGUCCGGGAUUCGGCACCUUCAAGACGGACACAGAACCCAUCUUCGAGCGCAUAGCGCGCGCGAAGAACGGUUCAGUGCGUACGGCCGCUGUAGACCGUAACCCCGCUCAGGGCUUCGCGGCUCGCGCAUCCACAGCCACACCCGCCGCGAACGACGCGGCAGUAUGCGCGGGCGUCAUCGACGCCGUUCGCACGUGCCACGGCUUCGUAUUCGGCCGCUUCACAGAACUAGCCGACGCGCUCGGAUGGGUUACACCAAAACCAACAGACCCAACCGUCCCCUCAGACCCACCGCCGCCUCCAACCCUCAAAGAAGCCCUCACGAACCUCAAUGCCCGACUAGCCGAGAUCCACGCCGCACUACCGCCCCGAACAGCGCUGAUCGUGAUGAGCGGCCACAGCGACCCGCGCGAGAUGUCCAAGCUCUCUGCUCGGCGACUGGCGUUUGAAGCGCACCAGCGCGCGGCGGCGGCCAAGUCUAUGCAGAGGCCGGCGGGUCUGCCGCCGAAACCGGCGAACCCGUUCGUUAUGCCCUCGGGCGUCGAUAUAGGGUCGAAAGCGGACAGCGUGGCAGGAGCUGAGAAGACGGGUGAAGGAGAGGAGGAGCUGGUGCCAAGCUGGACAGCGUCGGAUGCGAGGGCGCUUGAGGAGGCCGUUGCGCAUGCGCGGCGGGGGUUACUGUUCCUCGGCUUUAAGAACUAG